AAUGUCUGCUAGUUCUAAUGCUUCACAUUGCGACUACAGCGUACACGUAAAGGUGUCUGUGUACGUUUCUCUGUGGGAUUCUCAUUGCCGAUGAUUGUAUUGUUUAUCGCCGGCUCUCUCGUCUUCUCGCUCUCACGCCUGGAAUAAGCAUCAUUUCGCUGAAGCAGACGGUUCGCAGUGACAAGUUCACAAGGGAUAUUGCGAGGACAGCACUCCAGACUGACUGAACGAAGCGUAUCGGCUGGGCUUCUGUCAGUAGCUCUAUAUCGGCAGACAGCGUAGAACUAGUUGUAUCGGUCAGUUGCUUCGUUAUUAUUAUAACAUGCUAUUAACCUGAGGACAUACAGCAUUUCCGAGCAGUGUAUUUACGUUGACAUAGACUAUUCAAGAAAGGAAGGUUUCCACGGUAGACUGCGCAGCCAUGCCUGACAACACAGUCAUGAAGAACGGGAUGGUUAACAAAAUUCAUACGAGGAUAAGGACAGACCCGUUCAAGAACAACUACGACCUGGUGGGAAGAGAGUUGGGAAGGGGCAAGUUUGCGGUGGUGAAGAAGUGCAUUGAGAAGGCGACGGGCAAGGAGCACGCGGCCAAGUUCCUGCGCAAGCGCCGCAAGGGCGAGGACUGCCGCGGGGACAUCCUGAACGAGGUGGCCGUCCUGGAGCUGGCCAAGGCCAACGAAUAUGUGGUCGCCCUGCACGAGGUCUACGAGACGCAGAGCGAGAUCAUCCUCGUACUCGAGUGUGCUGCCGGCGGGGAGAUUUUCAACCAGUGCGUUGCCGAUAACGACGAGGCCUUCACCGAGAAGGACGUGAUCCGAUUGGCUCGUCAGAUCCUCUCCGGCGUCGCCUUUCUGCACAGGAACAACGUCGUCCAUCUUGACCUCAAGCCUCAGAACAUCCUCCUGACGAGUGCGAGGCCGCUGGGGGAUAUCCGCAUCGUGGACUUUGGCCUGUCGCGCCGCAUGGACGGCCCCACGGAGGUGCGAGAGAUCCUGGGGACGCCCGAGUAUGUCGCUCCAGAGAUCUUGAACUAUGAGCCCAUCAGCACAGCAACCGAUAUGUGGAGCAUCGGCGUUCUGACGUACGUGAUGCUGACGGGGGAGUCUCCCUUCCUGGGGGAGGACAAGCAGGAGACCUUCCUCAACAUCUCCCAGGGCAACGUGGACUACUCGCAGGAGGUCUUCGAGGGCGUCUCCUCGCUGGCCAUGGACUUCAUCCAGUCCCUACUCCGCACCAACCCCAGAAAGCGCGCCACUGCCGAAGAGUGUCUGAACCACCCGUGGCUGAGUGCUCACUCCACCACCUCUCCCCCUCCCCCGCCCCGCGUCCCCCUGGAGUCCCUUGACGAGACCAGCCAAUCAGAGUCAGAGCCCGAGAGCCCGCUGUCGCCGCCGGAGCUGAUGCCCGCCCCCUCGCCCUUCUCCACGUGCCCUGGUCAGGGUGAGCUCAAGUCAGGCCGAGAUACAUUCAGCUUCACUGAGCCCUUCCCCACCCAGCAAGAAGUCCUCUGCUGAUCUGCUGAUUGAACAGUUGGUUGAAGGGCCUGUCAAUCAGCAAAGCGAGCCAAUCAGCAGAGAGCUUGAGCUCAGCCGCCACAUGGAGCUCCUCGAUGCUGAACUGUGACUGAGUUUUGUCUUUUUUUUUCAUGUGUGUCUGUGUGGCUUUUUUUUGUCAUCGGUAACAUCACUGACUCAUUAGCGUGUGGACUGUGUGUGCAUUCUAAGACAUUCUGGGGUGAAGCUCAUUUGUCCAUGUAAAAGCUUUGAGUGAACGUGGUGUUUGUUGUCCAACCUCCUGAGCCCCUCUCUCCUCUGAGCGAUGAUGGUGGUGGUGGUGGUGGUGGUGGUGGUGGUACCCACCAUGGCUGUCGGGGCUCUGAAGAGACUCAUGUCAUGCUUGGUUGAUUAUAAAGCCCUCCAAAACCUUUUCUGUAAAUCGGCUGAUCUGAGAAGAGGAGACGUUGUGAGCAGAGAUGAAGACUGCUUUUCCGAAAGGUUUUUGAAAAAGACGGAAAAAAGCCAUGUAAUGGUUCCGAGAAAAAAAAUGCACUCUUACAUACACAUGUCCAUUUCCAAACUUGGAGGAAGAAACGGAGGCAACUUGAAGGACGAUGUUUUGGCCAAGUCCUUUUCAGAAGAGGCCUUGAUGUCUGUUUAAUUAGUUUGUUUUUCUCUGCAAUGGUCAUACUCUUCAGAAUAUGUGUGAAUGAGGGUCUGUGAUGGUGAAGAUGAAGGAAGGCAAUGUGUAAGGCCAUGUAAAGAUGAAGGCUGUCUUUGUUGAAGACGGUCAAGGAAAUCUAUGGCCUUUAUUUGUUUAUUAUUUAAAAGUCCCCCCCACCCCACCCCACACCCCACACACACAUGCAUAAACGCAUGUAAUCCACAGACACCGUUAAAAGUAAGACAAAAAAUUACUAGCACUUUUUAUUUAAUUUGUAUGUUUAUAGUUGAAAAGAAGAAAAAGAAAAAUGUUGAGCGGCACCCUUUGCCAAAGACAUUGAGACAUGGUUCACACAAGCACAAAACCUUUUAGUUGUUAGGUGUCCCACCCACACAACACAUGUACAUAAAAACCACAAUGUCCACGGACAGGUUCACAUACUUGUUUUUAUUAUUAUUUGAUUUAUUUUGUGGAUGAUGUUCAUGUUUUGCUGUUGUUGCACAAAAUGACCUGUACUAUCGCACCCUGUGUUGAAGUUUUCUCCCUCAUUCUUUUCAUACUUUUCACACACACACACACACACACACACACACACACACACACACACACACACACACACACACACACACACACACACACACACACACACACACACACACACACACACACACGCGCGCGCGCACACACAUGUUUUAAUCUCCGCACCUCCUUGAUCCCUGCUUUUCCUUCCGAAACCUCUGUUUGGCCGAUUGUAAAGGAGAGUAAAAUAUUGCCUGUCUAUUGGGUGAAAAAAAGACAUUAUGAGAUUGAAAUGCAGAUAUGCAGCUCUCAGACUCCAGAAUGGUUAGAAUUACUUUGUAAAAAGUGAGUGAAUGAGUUGGAGAGAGAGAGAGAAAGAAAGCGAGGGAUGUAGUGAGAUUGCUGCAUGCUUAGUCUGGGAGCUUUGAGGAGGAAAGCAAUAGAAAAUUACCGCUUUUGUACAUUUCCUCUCAACAAAUAAGUCAAAUGUAUAUUUUGUAUUUUUCUUUGUUAAGAAAUAAGAUGUGUUGUGUAAAGUAUUUUUCUAUUGUGAUGUACUGUAAGGAGAUAUAAAUGGUAUUAAACUUGCAUUAAGUUUUUUUUUUUAACUUUUAUUUUUCUUUCCCUGAUGUUUGCUUUUAAGUUUCAGACAGGUCCACUUAGUGGAAAACCUGAUCUUUAAUAUAAAUAAAUGUUUAUGGCAUGCAUCAAAAAUAAAUUUUGUAUGGAAACAAGUCACCUGA